AUGAAGCAUAGUAUAACACCAUUGAAGAGAGCUUCUUCGGUUCUCCAUGCUGUGCGUAGGGGAAGAAAGAACCCCAACGCAAGGCCAUUACUGCCCCCGCUACAAUUGUACAGAAGAAUUCUCAGGGAGCAUAAAAACCUUCCAGCUUUACAAAGAGAGCUAGGUGAUAACUACGUGAAGAGCGAAUUCAAGCUGCAUAAGAACACGGAUAACCCACUUCAUAUAGUUGGGUUUCUCGCCAGCUGGCAGGAUUACCUGCAUUUGAUCAGUAAAGGAGAGUGGCUAGAAGGUAGUCUAACCUCUGAUGUACUGGAGAAACUGUCACCCGAGCAGGUAGUUCAGCUCUAUGAGUUAAUGAGAGAAACUCAACAAGUUCGUGAGGGCGAAGGGACCAAUGAGGAUCCUGAAAAGAUACGAACCACUGAAGGCUAA